AUGAUGAAGAGGCAGCUGCAUCGCAUGCGGCAGCUGGCCCAGACGGGCAGCCUGGGACGCACCCCGGAGACUGCCGAGUUCCUGAAUGAGAACCUGCUGCAGGUGGAGCAGCGACUGGAACCAGCCAAGCGAGCGGCCCACAAUGUCCACAAACGUCUGCAGGCCUGUCUGCAGGGCCAGAGCGGGGCGGACAUGGACAAGCGGGUGAAGAAGUUGCCUCUCAUGGCUCUGUCAGCUGCGAUGGCCGAGAGCUUCAAGGAGCUAGACCCUGACUCCAGCAUGGGGAAGGCCUUGGAGAUGAGCUGUGUCAUCCAGAACCAGCUGGCCUGCAUCGUGGCCGAGUUUGAGAUGACUCUGGAGAAGGAUGUCUUGCAGCCACUCAGCAGGCUGAGUGAGGAAGAGCUGCCAGCCAUCCUCAAGCACAAGAAAAGCCUGCAGAAGCUGGUGUCCGACUGGAACACCCUCAAGAGCAGGCUCAGUCAAGCAGCCAAGAACUCAGGCGGUAGUCAAGCCCCAGGUGGCACACCAGGCGGUUACAGCCACAUCACCACAGCCAACAAGGUGGAGACAUUGAAGGAGGAGGAGGAGGAGCUGAAAAGGAAGGUGGAGCAGUGCAAGGAUGAGUACCUGGCUGACCUGUACCACUUUGCUACCAAGGAGGACACCUAUGCCAACUACUUCAUCCAGAUCCUGCAGGUCCAGGCCGAUUACCAUCGCAAGUCCCUCAGCUCCCUGGACACGGCCCUGGCUGAGCUGAAGGAAAACCACAGCCAAGCAGACCCCUCCCCCUCGAUGACGGCCGCCCCCUUCUCCAGGGUGUAUGGGGUGUCGCUGAAAACCCACCUGCAGGAGCUGGGCCGGGACAUCGCCCUGCCCAUCGAGGCCUGCGUCAUGAUGCUGCUUUCUGAGGGCAUGAAGGAAGAGGGCCUCUUCCGCCUGGCCCCGGGGGCCUCCGUGCUGAAGCGCCUUAAGCAGACGAUGGCCUUAGACCCCUGCAGCCUGGAGGAGUUUUGCUCUGACCACCAUGCAGUUGCAGGUGCCCUCAAAUCCUAUCUGCGGGAGCUCCCAGAGCCCCUGAUGACCUUUGACCUCUAUGAUGAUUGGAUGAGGGCAGCCAGCCUGAAGGAGCCGGGGGCCCGGUUGGAGGCCCUCCAGGAGGUGUGUAGCCGCCUGCCUUGUGAGAACUUCACCAAUCUCAGGUACCUGAUGAAGUUCUUGGCUCGGCUGGCUGAGGAGCAGGAGGUAAACAAGAUGACACCAAGCAACAUUGCCAUUGUCCUGGGGCCCAACCUGCUGUGGCCGCCGGCGAAAGAAGGGGACCAGGCUCAGCUGGAUGUGGCCUCAGUGUCUUCUAUCCAGGUGGUGGGCGUGGUCGAGGCUCUGAUACAGAACGCAGACACCCUCUUCCCUGGAGACACCAACUUCAACAUGUCAGGCCUCUUCUCGGCCCUCGCCCCCCAGGACAAGGUCAGCAACAAGCCAGCCUCUGAGGAGUCUCCAGCCAUUGCCACAGUCACCCCAGCCACCACCCCAGCUCUCCCCAUGGCUACCAAGGAAAGGAUGGAGUCCGAAGGGCCCCCCAAACCUGCCUCCCCCAAGGUCAACAGGAGCCCCUCAGAAGCAGCUGCCCCACCAGAAGAUGCGACUCGAAAGGUCAAACGCCCAGCACCAGCCCGGCCCAUCAUGCUGCCCCCCCAGGUCUCCAGCACCCGCUCCUCCCCUCCAGCCCCACCCUUGCCCCCUGGUUCUGGCAGCCCUGGGAACCCCCAGGUUCUGCCCCGCCGGCUGGUUAAUAGCAACCUCCGGGCCCCUGCAGUGCCACCCCCGUUGCCCCCCAUGCCCCCCCAGCCUACCCGGCGCCAGAGCCGACGUUCACCAGCCUCCCCGAGCCCAGCAGCGCCCAGCCCAGGCUCUCUGAGCAUUCCUGGGCAGGGAGGCCUAGAGGCAGCCACAGAGGAGGGAAGGUCUGUAGGUGGGGUCACCACUACCCCAGCUGUCCCCCCUCAGCCACGGCCCAGGUGCCUCACCUCAGAGACCAACUGA